GUUUGAGAAUAGGUUGUUAUUGAUUUUUGUUGUUGUGAGGGGUGGUUGUGAGUGAGCUCGAAACAUUAGUGAUUUAGUGUGAGUUUGUGUGGUUAGUACUAGGCUAAUCGUUAUGGCUGUGAACGAGGGAAUGGAGAAAUGUGAAAUUGAAGUUGUUAAUCCAUCCAUUUUAAGUAAAAUUGAAAGCUUCUUCAAUGAUGCCACUUACAGAGAAACAAUUGAGAAUUCAGCGACUUAUAAUACACGCUUGUGUAUUGAAAGAAGACUGCGAAUGCCAUUUCUUGAUUCUCAAACAGGCGUUGCACAGAAUCACUCAAAUUUGUUUAUGAGCUCCCGUGAACGAAUGCCUGGCCUUGUAGAAGGCCAGAUUUACACAUAUCCCUCAAAACGUUGGCGGAAAAAGCGGCGGCAAUAUCUUAUGAAUUUUAUGCAACCUCGUCGAAAAGAGGUUGACCCAGAGGCAGACUUACACACUAUAAGCACUGUUGAGAAUCCAGCAGUUUGCAACAAUGAAGACAGCAAGGAAAGUGUCAGCUUAAAAGAUGAAGUAGUGAAGUCAACCACAAGGCAGGCUCCUCCCCAUCGACCCCGGGUGCCUGGCUAUCUCGUUCCAGAUAGCUCACCAGCUCUAUCUGAAGAUGCCCUUUGCAACUUGGGCAAAACACCUGGUGGUCUUGCAGCCAACUGCGCAUGGGAUAGCAACAUGAAAACCAGCCACAUACAAGAUGCUUGGUAUUAUGAUGAAUUGGAUAUGCAAGAAAUGGAAGCAUUUGAUGACCCGGAUCCUGACUCUGAUUAUGAUUAUGAAGAAUCAUAUACAAAGAGGAAAAAGAAGUCAAAAAAAGCUCCAAGGACAGGUGACUCACCAGCUGUGAAGAAACCAAAGGGUCAGGGAAGAGGUCGCAAGAAAACGAAUUAUGAUGCUGUCUCUGAUGCUGAAAAACCAUUUGCCUGUGAACUGUGUGGAGCGCGGUACAAGACCCGACCUGGGCUCACGUACCACUACACUCACUCUCACAAGGAUGAGGAGAGCGGAGAUGCCCCUUCGACGCAGGCACAGGUGCCUCUUCAGGGAGGGGGCCAAAGCCCAGUUGUGGGCUCACCCGGGCCUGCCCACACGUCUGCUGCUCCCACACCCGCUGGUGAGCCCUUCGCCAGACAGACGCCACAGGCUCAGCAACUGCAGCCGUUGGCUCUGCAACCACAGCAGGGCCCUGGCCCAGCUGGGCAGGUUCCAGUGCCAGUGCCUUCACAACCGGAGGCAGGUUGGAGCAAGUUCCAGGACAGUUACCUCACCUUCCUAAGUGCCCCUGGUGGGAGUUCUCGGCGCGGCAGACAGUCUCAGGUGCAGUCACCGGUUCCCCCUGUGUCUUCACAACCUCAACAACCACCACAACAACCACCACCAACGCAACCACCACCUCAUGCUCCAGUGCUCUCAGUUGUACCACCACCUGUUGUGCCACCAAUGGUGCCUGAAGAGACACCAAGUACAAUUACUACGUCACCAGCUGCUCCAAUACUUGAUAAGAAACCUGCUGCAGAUGUAAUGACAUUGAUGCCAGAAGAAAAGGACCGCGCUGCACCUUCCCCUUAUUGUGAUUUCUGUCUUGGUGAUGCCCAGGAGAAUAAGAAGACUGGUCAUUCAGAGGAACUGGUGUCCUGUUCAGACUGUGGACGCUCAGGUCACCCAACCUGUCUGCAGUUCACACCUAACAUGAUCAUUUCAGUGCGGAAAUACAGAUGGCAAUGUAUCGAAUGUAAAUGCUGUUCAAUUUGUGGAAAUUCAGACAAUGAUGACCAGUUACUUUUCUGUGAUGAUUGUGACCGAGGGUACCACAUGUACUGCCUAGCGCCACCACUUGCCACACCUCCAGAGGGGUCUUGGAGUUGCCGUCUGUGUCUUGUGGAGUUUCAUAAAAAAUAAUUUCUAUCAGAUUUAUUAUCACACACACUCAGGAAAUAUUUCAUUGCAUGUAAUUCUUUUCUGGUACUUAAGUGAAUGAGGUUUUAGUGUAAACUUUCAGCUUGUAUUGUGUAUUAAUACAUCAACAAGUCACACCAGCAUCACGUGUUUGGUAGCUGAUUGGAAGUAUUUCUAUUAUAAAUGUUUGAUGUUCUACUACUACUUUUGCAAUAGUAGUUCAUAGUACUGAAUAUGUCUUUCAUAGCUCUUUAAAAAAAGUUGAUAUUGUAUUUUGGCAUUGUGAAGGGACAGGUUAUAACUGUUAAUGUGUUCCCAUGACAUAUUAUUCAGCAUGACAAUUUGUGACUUUGACUUAGACAAUAGGCAUAGAGCUGUAACUUUUAUGCUCACUGUGAUUUUCUUUUUCUAUCAUUGAAUCCUAUAAAGAUAAAUGUUUCUAGGUAUUACUUAUUAAUAAAACUUAUGUAAUUACCCGAGUUAUGAGAAUAAUUUUUCUAUUAGAGGAAUGACUUAUCAAACAAAAAGAUAAAGGAAAACAUUUCAAACUUAUGGCUGAAGUGAGCGUUAAAAGACUGUAUGCUGGGCUCUGAAAGCCUGAGGAUUGGUUUUGUCUGUUGAUUGCUCCUGCCUCUGGAUUGUAUUUUCUAUCUUUAAUAAUUAUCGCCUUCACAAUGAGGUUCAGUCAAGCAUAUAAUUCAAAAACAUCACUCAUAAUGUAAAACUUAGUUAUUUCCACUUCUUAUUAUUCAUUUUGUACAUUUUCAUUAUGGGUUUAUUCUCAGUGUCAAAAAUUCUUGUUAAUCACUCUUGCUCAUUUUCCUUAAUUUCUACUUCUUUGCUUCAUUAUUAUGUUAUAUAGUUACCCUGUAUUACUCUGUAAAUUCCCAUAUGCUGAAACAUGUAACAUUUAGUGAGUAUACUUUAGUUUUAGAUGUCAGAUUUACUGUGAAUGCUAAGAUGUGAAACUUUGGAACUACCAUAUGAAUUAUAUGAAAAUAAUGGUUCACAUUAGUCCACAUUCUGUUUUUGUACUUUCCCCUCCACACAAAUAGAAUUUGGUUCUGAAGAAAGAAGACAAGGUUUUGUAAACUCUUCUUCAUUUUCUUUGGGUAAUGUUUUUUUGUGUUUAAUGGAGUUUGUGCUUCCUAUUUAAAUCAUUUUCUCUCCAUUCUAAUUUGAUAUUUAGUAGCUGCUUGGAGACCAUUUAAUUUCAAGUGGCACUCUAUCCAAGCUAAUGUUGGGAAAACCAAUAAAGUUCACCAGGUUGCAAAAGAAGUGUCUAUUGUUUGUACAACAUUGAAUUUGGAGAACAUAUAGUCACAUGCUAUACAGGAAAUGGAAAACUACUUAAAACCUAGUCCCAUCUCAUGAUUAUGCCAGGUGUUUUGCCAGUUCCAAGUCAUCAUUUUUGUACUGCGUGUGAUGAGUGUUUUCAAUGAAGCUAUCAGGUACUUAAUGCACUCAGUGAUUCUAGUUUGUGUUUAUGUCAUUAGUCAUUUGUGUAAAUAUUUUGAAAAUGUAUAGCAUUUGAAAAAAAAAAAAUUGCAUUAUUUACGAGCAGUAGGCAAAUAUUGUCUUUUGAAACCAGAUAUUUUUAUAAGUGCAUGCUUUAAUUUAAUGUAAAAAUUUAUUACACAAUAUAUAAUAUGGUGUGGCAGCUAUUGUAAGUUGAAUGUACUUAAAACUUAAUUCUUAUACAAUAUUGUCUGACUAGUAUAGGAAAAUUAAAUUCUGUGUAUGGUGUUUCAGUAUUUUCAGUGCCUAAUGAUAGAGCUAUUUUGAAAAAAUAAAUGCUUAUUGUGAAUGUGUUAGUUAAGUUAGUUGAUUAUAUUGUAUUCACCAACUAUCUGUGAGAACAACUGAAGCUUGCUACCACAAAAUAAAAUGUAAAUUAAAGAAGCAGAUUCUUUUUCGAGUGUGAAUUGAUGCUGUGACUGAAGAGUCACACAGAGAUUUUUUUUUAAAACAAAAUGCUACUCAGAUUGUAACAGAAAUGAUGAUCAAAUUCAAACAUGGUGUGAUUUUGCCAUACAUGCAGUGUCAAAACAUCUUGCCUGAAUAUAAUUUUUCAGCUGUGUCCACCAAAGUGGAAAUGUGGCACACAGAUACAAGAUGAAAAUAAUGGGGAGUGUGUGUAAAUGGAAAGUAGCAAUAGGCUACUGAAAGAAAAUAUGAAAAUAAUGGGCAGUGUGUAUAAAUGGAAAGUAGUGAUAAGCUCAUGAAAGAAAAUAAUUAUGAAAGGACUUGGAGAAGAUAUGCCCCCCCCCCCCCCCCACACACACACAAACUAAAAGGAUGAUGACUGGAGAGGACAGGAGGAUGGAAGGAAAGAAGAUUGGCUGAGGGAACAUAAACUCCACACACAAAGGGCACUAGAAUAAUCAAAAAAAUUUAAAUUACUAUACGGCAUGUCUGCAAUUGAAAGAAACUGGUGAAUAAUCAAAGGACAUGCACUGAUGUUACAGAAGUAAAUGUCAUAAAACUUAAUCAUGUAACAAACAACUUAUGAUAUUUGUUACAUUUCUUAGAUAUGGUCUUAUUUUUGAAAAGAUUACAAUGAGAGUUACCUGUAACAGAAGCAAGUUUCUGUAUGGAAUCAAUAUAAUCAUCAGAUUCUCUUAGAGCUACAGUGCUGUGAAAGACUGCUGCAGCUGUUUGAGAAAGAAUAAAAUAUUUUGAUGAUAUCUGUUCUGUUCCAAAACCAUUAAACUCUCAUUUUCUGAUUUUUUGGCCUUAAUUGUAGUCAAAUACUGGAAUUCAUAACUUUAUUCUUUACAAAACUGGAUCAUAUUUUUUAUAGUAGUCUUUAUGCAUGGUUGUUAUAUAGUGUCUGUGUGGAUUAGAAAGGUCAAAUGAUUCUUCUCAGAGAUAAUAUACUAUUAAAGAUGUAGUAUCAUUGAACUGAACUAACUUGAAGACUUUUUUGUUAGAGCACAGGUUGUGUUUGUAAUGUUACAAGUAAUAAUUAGCUUUAGCAUCUGGUACACCUUUGUAUCCUAUGACUAAUAAUAUGCAUUGCUGUACAUAAUCAUAGAAAAAUGAAAUGUGGUGCAGAGAAUCUUUGUGAAUUACAGGUUUCUCAUUGUCAUUAAAUUUUUACUAAAUCAUUUUUAAUAUACACAUGAGGAAGCUAUCAGUUUUUGCUGAAUAUUCACUUCUUUAGAAGAACAUUAUAAAAAAGAAAAAAGAAUUUAUUCGUUAGUGUAUUAACCCUGUGAGUCACAGAAAUACUUUCGAAUAUGAUAUUUACUGAAGUUUUGUCUUUUCCUUCUUUAUUGUUACUGGAGCACACUAUAUUUUUUCAAUUUUUUACAAAAUAUAUAAGUGGUUUCCCAGUGAAAACACAGUGACACAAGGUAUUUUCCAACUUCUUUCAAAGAGUAAGUAAAGUCCUCUGAUUUUGAAUUUUUAAUAUUACAGUUUUGUUACAUUUUCUUUCAUAUUUAUUGUUUCUUUCUAAUGCCCAGACCUUCAGUCACAAAUAGCUGAACUCUUAGUGUCAGCGGUGCUCCUUCAGUUUUUAUUUUAUACAUAUGAUAUGGACAUGUGCCCCCAUUUCCAUUGUUUUCCGUCUAAUUCAUGUGGUGAUUUGAUCAUUCUGCUUUUGCGGAAGUAUUGCAGUCACAUAUGACAAGUUAUUGCUUACAGAAUGUGGUCAAUUCUCUCCAUGGUGGCUUCUUCACUUGGGUUAUGGCAGUUUGAAACAAAAUGAACAGUUUUUUGUCCAUCCAUUUAGUGCAAGUUACUCCUUCCCAGUUCCUCCUCACUAAUUUCCUGCAAGUGUAACAUUUAUCAGAUAUAAAAUUUGUGGCAGGUAUUUCCGUACACUUUUAAUAGUGCCACAAGCAAAGAUUUUAUUUUUGAACAGCACAAUGGAUGUAAAAUAGUUGUCUUGGUAGAUUUCAUAACCUUGACCUUUCACAGACUUUGUCAAGUGGGGAAAAAUUAUCCCGCCGAGAUCCUUUUCUACCUAAGUUCUUUUUUUUGCAGUGUAUACUUGAAAUUCACAAAUACACCCUGUUUUGUCUGCCCUCACCCAUCCUUCAUAUGAAUUUCUGGGGCAUAUACAUUUUCAUAAAAGAUCGUCCUUUAAACUUAAUCAUUGAUUCAUCAAAGGCCUGUUUUUUAGAUGGCCUGUAACACUUUUUGUGUGUUGUGGAGAGAGAAUUUAACAAUGGUCAUAUUUUAUAUAGUUUGUCAUGACUGCAGACCCCCACCCUCUCUUUUUGUACUGCAUUAUCAUGUGUGUGUAAAUUUGAAAGGAGCCGUACGAAUCUGUUCAGUAGCAUUCUUUGGAAAUAUAUUCAUUUUUGUAGUGCAGGCAAAGAAUAUAACUAAUCCUUAUCAUUAGGUUGCAAUUUCACAUGCAUAAUUAAAUUAGUAUUGAUAAACACUUUCAUUUCAUUUAAAUUUUUAGGGUGAGAACUGAUGCUAUCACAGCAUAACAUAUAAAUUUGUUUGACACACUAGAUCCUCAGUUGUGUGGCUUAUAAAAAGUUCAAAGAUAAAGUCAACAGGGAAAGAAAGAUUAUCGAAAUUAGAGGAGGGUUCAGAUUCCUCCACAAAAUUUACAAGAAGAUUUUCACUGAACUAACGUCCCCCACUUUGGUUCUGAAAUGGCUUGAGUGGAAGGAAGAAGUUCACUGAUAUCAACUAGAGCUUCAGAAACUACGUCCUCGGCUCGUAAAGAUAAUCACAACAUAGAGUCUUCCUCUCCAAGGGCCUGAAAAAUAUGCUCCAGAUUAUCAUCUUAAGAUUCUGACAAAUCACUUGGGAUAUCUUGAAAAAGAAGUUUUUGGACAGUAACCUCAUCUAAUUAGGUGAAAGUAUCUCUUCUGUCCAUCUAAACAGGCAUAAAAGAAUAACUUACAGUGUACGAGAUAGGUGUCACAGUAGCACAAUGCUUUCACAGCAACACCACUAACACUUGUGGUUAUAACUACUUCAAAUAAUGUGCUUUACUUAAAAUUAAAUCAUAUUUAUAACCUAGAAAUAUGUCCUACCAUAUAUAAAAAUUCUACUUACAUUGAGUCAAGUAUAGAAUCUGUAUAAACAAAACAAUGUCCCUGAAAUACAAUAUGCUGUACCUGCGUGGAAAACAUUCACUGUCUGCUAACUUCCCCUCACAGUGCUGCCCUCAUAAGAUCCGAUAAGUUAACCCCUUGGAAGUCCACUAGAAUGCACCACAAACAAGGUUGAGACAGUCAUUUCACAGUCAGGCACCUGCCGGCCGCGGUGGUCUAGCGGUUAAGGCGCUCAGUCCGGAACCGCGCGACUGCUACGGUCGCAGGUUCGAAUCCUGCCUAGGGCAUGGAUGUGUGUGAUGUCCUUAGGUUAGUUAGAUUUAAGUAGUUCUAAGUUCUAGGGGACUGAUGACCUAAGAUGUUAAGUCCCAUAGUGCUCAGAGCCAUUUGAACCAUUUGAACAGUCAGGCACCUAUGCCACAAGGUGGUUCAGCACAGCAAAUAGAUGUUUCGCAGUGGAACCACUCUCAAGUCAAAGGGUUAAGUGUGUAACAACUUCCUGGAGGCGAAUAGAAAAAAAAGCUGUUAAUUUAUAAUCCAAGUAUUCAGUCUGCAGUAUUUACUGUUAUACACACUGGUGUUUACAUGGGUUGAUAAUAAUGUUUGGAAUGUGGAAGAUUUUAUCUGUGUAAAACCCACAAGAGGUGGGAGGGGGCAGAGGAGGGGAGAAGCAGCAUCGGAGAUACAAUUAAAAUGCUUUAUUCAUGGAAAUGAAAAUUAUUAUCAUUGUAGGGGAAAUAUAGAAAGAAGCACUGAUGAUUGCAGUAGACAGCAUGUAGUUCUGGAGAUGUUCAAAAUAAGUUGUACGAGAAAGGUCAGUCGUCAUUUUCAGUGCUAACAAAACUAUCUUCUAUACAACAGCUACUUCUUUGCUUUUCAGAAUCCUCUAUACAACUGGUACUUCUAUGCCUCUCAGCAUGUAACUACUUUUGUAUUAGUUACUCUGGCCCUUCAAGUCUCAAGCUAACAAGUUUUCUUUCAUUUCUGAAAGAAACUGUAACAAUAGGCUAUACGGUUGUCACCUUCUAAUAAGAUCACUUCCCUAAUGUUUCAUCAGACUCACAGUCUGCCCCUGGUAGCUGAGUGGUAAGUGCGACGGAAUGUCAUACCUAAAGGCCCAGGUUCAAUUCCAGGCUUGGUCAGAGAUUUUCUCCACUCAGGGACUGGGUGUUGUGUUGUCCUUAUCAUCAUCAUUUCAUCCCCAUAAACACGCAAGUUGCCGAAGUGGUGUCAACUCAAAAGACUUGCACCUGGCAAACGGUCUACCCAACGGGAGGCCCUAGCCACAUGACAUUUCCAUUUGCAUCAGACUCACAAAGCCUAAAACCUACAAAUACUGUAUUCUUAUGCUGUUUCUAAUUCUUUUUCUCAAAUUUUAUGGGAUCUGUUCUUUGCUUAGGUAAGGUAAAGGCAGUAUCUAUUUGUUUUAUUGUGUGUAUAUUAUUACUUGGACAAAUAUAUUAUUUUUCUGAUAUUUACAAUUUAAUUGAGGAGAUGUACGUGCUGGGAUAUUGCUGCUGUGCUUUUUUUUUCACACACAGCAGCAAUAUGCCAGCAAGUACAGAAUAGUGGGUGCCAUGCAGCUUCUGAACUGUACUGAAUCCACCUGAUGCAAAGAAAGGUGAAACAAAAAUGUAUUUUUUUUUAACCAUAGAUAAACUGCAUCUUAAAAAAGUUUUCAGUCUUUAGGCUACCAGAAUGCUCAAAUGAAUAGGAGGAGGUUGUGAUAUUGCUGGUAAAAUACCAUUAGUCAAAUCCACUUUUAUAUCUUGAAAGUGAAGUGGAAUAACCUUAAUUAUAUAAUUAUUUUUAAUUUGUUAGAGUGGAAAAGAACCUAUGAUGGUAAGACUUUUCAGUCAUUAAAAAAUACAGUACAAUUUAUUUAGUUUCUGAAACUGCAAUUUGCAAAAUAAAUAUUGUGUAUUUUGUGAACAUUUGUAUUGCAAAUAUAAAAAGUACAUUGUCUAGUGUGAUUUAUUAUUUUGAGGUGGACAUUAUCAUAUAGCACUAAAGGGUAAAACAUUUGUCAGCCUUAAUCAUAAGUUAACAAUAGUAUUGAUUUCCUUUGUGUGGUAUGUGGGACAAUGUGAUUAAUGUAAUGUCUGCACAAAACUAGCUUUCUAUUGUAAAUUUUGCACAGUUAUACAGUUGUGUGUAUUUUUAAGUAACAACUGUGAAAAGUUAAUUUUUAUGUUUUAAAACAGGGUUAUGAAUUUAUGUGACAAAUUAGUUGGUAUGUUAUCAUGUCAAUUUAAGUCCAUGUAUUAAACAUGUAUCUCAUUACAGUAUAUUCUUGUUUCUAUUGCCGGUGUACAAUAAGUAGGCAUGUGUGUGCUGUAUUUUAUAAAAUUAUUUUUUGUAUUAAAAAUGUGCAGAAUUAAA